AUGUCUGACCGACCAGGACCAUUAAAACCAGUUCAAGAAGCAGCUCCUUCGACUACACCGCUGAAGGUACCAAACUCAUUGAAAGAGGCUCUAGAAAGGCCGGGCAUCGUAGUCAAGAGAGCUGCAGGACCUUGGGAUCGUAUUCCAGGACGAUCAGGUCUAGUUUCAGAACCAUCAAGCUCAGCCGCAGGACCAUCAGGACUAGCUGCAGGACCAUCACGUCUAGCUGCGGGAUCGUCAGGCUUAGCUGCAGGGCGAUCGAAACGACCACUAGCACAAGAAGCUUCAGUACUAUCAAACUUUGCUGCAGGACCUUCAUCUGGUGCUCCAGGCACUUCAACUGCGGCUCCAGGACCAUCGACCAGCUCGGACAUCAGCCCACCCCCAAAGCUGGUCAAACGCCCGGCCCUGGACGAGGACAAGCCGUGUCUGAUUCCAACCGAACAGAUCCGGGCCCUUCUGGACGAGGACGGCAAGAAGAAGCACAAACAGGAAGUGGUACAGGUACUGGCAGCUGGUACUCAAGCCAUGUGCGAGGAUCUGUUCGAAUGUGCUAUGGAGCUGGCGUCCAAGGAGGGAAGGAAGAUGGUCAGCGCCGAGGACAUCAACAAAUGCUUGGCCAACGUCAUGUAUCGGUACUAG